AUGUCUGCCAGAUUUACCGCUCCAGGAGCUGGUGCGCCAGCCAAGAAGCCUUCUAGAUUCGAACAGUUCAAGCAAACACCCGCGUUCCCCGUUUUGGUGAACCUAGGUUUGUUUGUCGCUGGUGUUGCGUUCAUUCAAUCGCCAUUGAUGGACAUGAUGGCCCCUCAGUUGUAA